AUGUUCGGUCAAUCUAUCACAGCGGCAGUGCUGACGAUCGCGCUUCUCGCCAAUGGCGGCAAAGCAAAACAGCUGACUCGACGCCCUUCCACACAUUUUACCCACUAUACUCGUAGUUCUGAACCGAUUGAUACAUCAAACUAUCGAUUUUUAACCAACAAGACCAAAUCUCAUGUGGUGGAGAGCUUACCAGAUGUUCAUUUCGAAUUGGGGGAAAUGUACUCGGGAUUCAUGCCCGUCCGUGAAGAUGCUUCCUUGUUUUACAUAUUCCAGCCCAAGAUCGGGGAGCCAAGCAACGAUCUCACAAUUUGGCUGAAUGGUGGACCGGGAUGUAGCUCAAUGCAAGGAUUUCUGCAGGAGAACGGACGAUUUACUUGGCAACCCGGCACCUACGAACCAGUCAUCAAUGGGUACUCAUGGGUUAAUUUGACCAAUAUGUUAUGGGUCGACCAACCGGUUGGAGUUGGGUUCUCAAACGGUACGCCGACUGCUACCGGCGAGGAGGAGGUCGCUGCCGAUUUCGUGAACUUUUUCCAAGAAUUUCAAGAAGAAUAUGAUAUCAAGAACUUUCGAAUCUUCUUAACUGGUGAAAGUUAUGCGGGCCGGUACGUGCCCUACAUAUCCGCCGCCAUGCUCGACAAGAACGAUACCGAACACUUCAACGUCAGCGGAGCUCUGAUGUAUGAUGCAUGCAUCGGCCAAUGGGAUUAUAUCCAGGCUGUACUUCCCGCUUACCCCUUCGUUCAACAACAUGCCGAGCUUUUCAACUUCAACCAAUCAUUUAUGGGGGAACUGCAAGAUACCUACGAACAAUGCGGCUACAAGGAAUAUUUCGAUGAGUAUUUCACUUAUCCGGCCUCUGGAGUGCAGCCCCCCAAAGAAAUGGACUACUCCGAGUGCGACAUUUACAACAUGAUCUAUAACGAAGCUUUCACUCCGAACCCAUGUUGGAGUCCUUAUAAGAUCAGCCAAACAUGUCCUCUCUUAUGGGAUGUCCUAGGCUUUCCGACAGACCUUGCCUAUCAACCGGGUCCCGCAACCUAUUUCAACCGCACGGAUGUAAAGAAGGCUCUGCAUGUUCCCGAGAAUAUCGACUGGGAGCUCUGUAGCAUUGACAGUGUCUUUGUUAGCGCCAACCCAGGACCCGAGCAACAAUACGAUGAGUCCGCGAAUCCCACAGAGCAUGUACUGCCUCGGUUGAUUGAGGCAACCAAUCGGGUCUUGAUCUCAAAUGGAGAUUGGGACUAUCUAAUUAUCACGAAUGGAACGUUGCUGGCGAUCCAGAACAUGACCUGGAAUGGUGAGCUAGGCUUCCAUACUCGUCCUACCACUCCCAUUCAUAUCGGCAUGCCCGACUUGCAAUACGCUGCGGUCUUUGACGCCCAAGAAGGCUAUGAAGACCUCGAUGGCCCACAGGGGAUGAUGGGGGUUCAGCACUAUGAACGGGGUCUGAUGUUUGCGGAAACUUUCCAAGCGGGUCACCGACAGUCCCAGGAUCAAGGCCGAGUAUCUUACCGUCAUGUCCAGUGGUUGCUGGGUGAUGAUGAUCAUCUUUGA